AUGGCGCAACACUGCUGUGUGCCGACCUGCAGUAACGACUCCCGCUAUCCGUCUGGAAGGAACCUGUCAUUCCAUAAUAUCCCAAAGGAUCAAGACCUACGCAAACGCUGGAUAAUAAGUAUCAGACGCGACGAAGGGCCAUUAUUCAAGGUCACAGACUCAACUCAUGUGUGUUCCGCACAUUUUAAUGAAAAUUCAUAUCAGCGAACCCUAACAGGAAUUCGCAGAUUAAAGAAAGGAGCAGUGCCAACCAUUUUCUCUUGGAAGGAGAAGAAGGAGAGGCAGCCACCUAGAAAGCGAACAAGAAGCUAUUCAUAUGAGGACAACCUCACAGAUAUUUCUUCUGGACCUGAUCACAGCAGCGAGGAUGUAACUACUACACCAGCUCCUAUGCCUGAUCAUGAUUAUGCCAACCCACCAACUAGUACUGCUGACCAGCUCGAAUCACUGAAACAAUACACAAAGAAAUUAGAAGACCAACUUGCAGCUGUGUGCUCCAAAAGGUUUGGUAUAAACCGAUUCACACAUGACCAAGAUUUGAUACAGUUUUACACUGGAUUUAGAACCUAUGAUGAUUUUAUUUCAACUUUCAAUGCACUGAAGCCAACAGCUGUAAAUAUGGUGCGAUGGAGUCAAGUUCAGAGACAUCGAAGUUCUAAUGCAGAAAAUCCACAAUUAAAGAGUUCUGUUUCUGAUAAGGAAAUAACCAAACAGUGCGGAAUACUGGACUUACUUGAUGUUGGAGAUGAUGUGAUGGCAGACAAGGGAUUUGUAAUACAAGACCUACUCACACCGAAAGGAGCGAAAUUGAUUAUUCCUCCUUUUCUGAGAGAAAAAGGACAGUUUUCUCGCAGAGAAGUGAAAGAAACUCAAGAGAUUGCAAGGCUUAGGAUUCACAUUGAGAGAGCCAUUCGGAGAUGUAAGUACUUCAGUUCUGUGAUAGAGUCAACACUUGAUGGACAUUUUAUUUCAAGCAAACCAAAUGCUGGAAGGGAUGUUGGAUCAUAG